AUGGGGCACGAAAACCUGAUUUGGUCGCAUCCUCGUAAAUAUGGACCUGGUUCCAGAAGUUGCCGUGUAUGUUUCAAUCAUCAUGGCCUUAUCCGAAAAUACGGCCUAUUGCUAUGCAGAAGAUGCUUCCGCGAUUAUGCCGCUGAUAUUGGUUUCAAGAAGGUAUAA